AUGUCUUUCACACGACUGCUCCGAGAUCACAAUGCCGUUCUAGAGCUUCCCUUGCUAGCAGCAAAACUCGACCUAAUCAUGAGGAGCGUGCACAGGACAGUCGCGUCUCUGGCGUUGGCAAGCGUCGCCAUCGCGGCUGGAGCAGACUGCGUCCCCAUGUACAAGAACCCUGAUGCCACAGUCGACGAAAGGAUCGCGGACCUGAUGCGGCGCAUGACCAUCGAAGACAAGACUGCGCAGUUGAUCCAGGGCGACAUCGCGAACUGGAUCAACACCACCGACGGCACCUUCAAUGCGACAGGCCUCAAGUGGAACAUGAAGUACCGGGCGAGCAUGUUCUACGUCGGCUAUCCGACAAACUGGAGCACCAUCAGCAACGGCGUCAAGAUCGCGCAGGACUACCUUGUGCACAACACCACGCUCGGCAUCCCGGCGCUCGUGCAGAGCGAGGGCAUUCACGGCUUCCUGAUCCCCAACGCGACCAUCUUCAAUUCCCCUAUCGCACAGGCGUGCUCCUGGAACCCCGGCCUCAUCGAGAAGAUGGGCAGGGCGAUUGCGCAAGAAGCCCUCGCCCUGGGCGUGAACAACCUCUUCGCGCCGCUGGGGGACCUGGCGCGAGAGCUGCGCUUCGGGCGAGUCGAGGAGACGUACGGGGAGGAUGGAUACCUGAGCGGCGAGAUGGGCUACUCUUACGUCAAGGGCUUACAAUCCGGCAACGUUGCUGCCAUGGUCAAGCAUUUUGCUGCAUUCGCGACCCCCGAGCAGGGCAUCAACACCGCUCCCGUGCACGGAGGCGAACGAGAACUGCUUACCACGUACCUCCCGCCUUACAAGCGGUCCAUCAUCGAUGCUGGCGCGUACACCAUCAUGUCCGCGUACCACUGCUACGAUGGCGUGCCUGCAGUAGCAGACUACCACACGCUGACGGAGAUCCUGAGAGACAGUUGGGGCUACAAGUACUUCGUCAUGUCAGACGCCGGUGGUACUGACCGUCUCUGCAAGUCAUUCGGCAUGUGCGAGGCUGACCCAAUCGAUUCUGAAGCGGUCACGUCCAUGGCCCUCCCGGCCGGCAAUGAUGUUGAGAUGGGCGGUGGAUCGUACAACUUUCAGAAGAUCCCCGACAUGAUCCAAGCUGGCAAGCUGGAUCAGAAGACCGUCGACCAAGCUGUAUCUCGGGUUCUGCGGGUCAAGUUUGAGAUGGGCCUCUUUGAGAAGCCGUACCGAGGGGUGCCGGAUGACGAAGCAUCCAAGUACAUCAACACCAAGGAGACUCAAGAACUUGCUCGCCAGCUAGAUGCCGAGUCCAUCGUGCUCCUCGAGAACCAUCAGGAUGUUCUACCCUUGAAGAAGUCGGCCAAAAUCGCUGUCAUCGGCCCCAUGGCUCAUGGAUAUAUGAACGCAAGCACACCCUACGGUGACUACGUCCCGUUCCGCUCGCAAUACCGCGGUGUGACACCGCUUGAUGGUAUUCGCGCAGCCGUGGAUAAACAAGGCAGCGUCGCCUAUGCCCAGGGUUGCGAACGCUGGUCCAAUGACGAGUCUGGAUUUCCCGAAGCCAUCGCCGCUGCCGAGGGAGCUGAUGUUGCCGUCGUAGUCGUCGGCACCUGGUCGCGUGACCAGGGCGAGCUGUGGAAGAAUAUGAAUGCGACGACGGGCGAGCACAUCGAUGUGGCAUCGCUAAAUCUAGUCGGGGCCAUGCCCUGGCUCGUGUCGGCCAUCAUCAACACGGGCAAGCCGACGGUCGUUGUGUUCAGCAGCGGCAAGCCCAUCACCGAGUCGUGGAUCAGCACCAACGCCAGCGCUCUGGUGCAGCAGUUCUAUCCAUCCGAGCAGGGCGGCAAUGCACUUGCAGACGUGCUCUUUGGCGAUCACAACCCGAGCGGGAAGCUGAGCGUCAGCUUCCCAUACGAUGUCGGCACCUUGCCUAUUUACUACGACUACCUUAAUUCGGCUCGCGCCUGGCCUAACCCUGGCCAUGCUUACCCGAAUGGCACUCUGGUCUUUGGCACCACCUAUGUUCUCAACACACCAUUGCCGCUUUAUGAAUUUGGAUACGGCAAGUCCUACAGCACCUUUUCCUACUCCAAAGUGACCCUCUCCAAGAGCACUGCUUCGACCUCGGACACGGUAACGGUGUCCGUCGACGUGACAAAUAACUCAACCCGGGACGGCACCGAAGUCAUCCAGCUGUACGUCAAGGACAUGGUCAGCAGCGUUGUCGUGCCCAACAAGCAGCUCAAGGGCUUCGCCAAGACCCCCAUCAGGGCUGGCGCCACCGAGACGGUUAAGCUGGAUCUCAAGGUCGCAAAUCUCGGCUUGUGGGAUAUCAAGUACAACUACGUGGUUGAGCCUGGGAACUUCACCAUCUUUGUGGGCAGCUCGAGUGCCGACUUGAGAGCCAAUGCUACAUUGACGGUUGCCUGA